ACGUUUGGAAGAAUCGGAAAAGAAACGUCAGGCUAUGAUGCAGGCGAUGAAAGAUCAAGCGAACAAGAAGGGCCCCAACUUUACGAUCACUAGGAAAGAUCUAGCAGGUAACCUUACGUCGGCGCAACUGGAGCGCAACAAGACGAAAGAACAGCUCGAGGAGGAGAAGAAAAUCUCGUUGAGCAUUCGCAUUAAACCUUUGGAAAUCGAUGGUUUCUCCAUUGAGAAGCUUCGAUCCAAAGCUAAUGAACUCUGGGACACCAUUGUCAAGCUGGAAACCGAGAAAUACGAUCUUGAAGAGCGACAGAAACGUCAGGACUACGACCUUAAAGAAUUAAAGGAACGUCAAAAGCAACAAUUGAGGCACAAAGCUUUGAAGAAAGGUCUUGAUCCCGAAGCCCUUACCGGCAAAUACCCACCCAAGAUCCAAGUCGCCUCCAAAUAUGAACGUCGAGUGGAUACCAGGUCUUAUGACGAUAAGAAGAAGCUCUUCGAAGGCGGCUAUGACACGCUUCUAGCGGAGUACAACGAGAAACUAUGGAAACAGAAAACAGAACAGUUCAUGAAGCGUACCAAAACGAAGUUGCCGAAAUGGUUCGGCGAGAGGCCAGGCAAGAAACCGGGAGACCCCGAAUCACCGGAAGGCGAGGAAGACGUGAAGGCUGCGGCUGAGGACGAGGAGCUCGAGGAGCCACAAUUCGAGGAAGAAGAGGAAGAAGAGGAGGAGGAAGAGGAGGAAGAAGAGGGGGGAAAGAAGGAGGGCGGCGGUGACGCCGAAGAAGAGGAGGAGGAAGAGGAAGAAGAAGAAGAGGAAGAGGAAGAGGAAGAAGAGGAAGAGGAGGAGGAGGAGGAAGAGGAAGAAUAGACGCCUCUUUCGAAAGAUCAGCAACAUUUAAUCAAAGAUUCAGUCGAUCGAUCACCAAGAAAUGUCGAAACAUCCUACGAACCAUUGAAUACAUAGUCGUGGCUACAGUUAGAGACAACAAUGGCGAAUCAUUUCCCCAGAAUCUCGUUGUUAUAGGUAGUUUCCCCCUUCGAGCCUCUAUUGCGACAUCGGAGUGAUCGUGGUAAUACGAUACAAGAGAGAAAAAACGAACGACCUACACGUUAUACCUUUCCGCGAUGAGCCUAACCUAUAAUGGCGAGAAUUCUGGCGAGAUAAAACGCGCCGUUACUACCUCUUGGCUGUUCUACCACUACUACUUCUAUUACUAUUAUUCUACUACUUUUAUUGCUACUACAAUUAUUAUUAUUAUAUUGUACAAAAAGAAAAUACACGCACACACAUUAUUGAAAUAAAAAAAAAAGGAAGAGGUUUAUCGUGUAAGAUUUCCGCAGAGGAAACUUCCCCAGCCCCUCAGGAGAAGACCUUGAUUUGUUACGCACACCAAUACUUGUAAUCACGAUUGUAAAUUAAGAGGCCUAUGGAAGAAACUGUUCCGAAUUCAAGACUUCAA